CUUACCCCAAAGCCAGCCAUGCUGCGGACACUUCUGAUUGGGGUCGUCUUUGCCACAACGCUCGCUCCAACCAGCCAGCAAUGCAUCAAGGCCCAUCAUUCUCAGUGUGCCAAUGCAGAGUUCAUUCCAGGAUUUGACCUAGCAGGAGAAGGCUUUGACAUCACCAAAAUGCAACGGAAAGGAGCCUACGUCUUUGAUAUGAGCGUCUGGCUUAAGAAGGAUGAGACCUGCACACUGUGUAAAAACUCCAACAUAGGAGGUAAAGAGCAGAAGCUUCCUGUUUCUGUCGUAGACUGGAGACCACAGUCGUGCAAUAUGAAGUUGUCCAGCUCUGUCUACCACUCAAGUGAGGACCUGAUCAACUCCAGCACCUCCUCUAUUGAAAACGACUGGAAGUCAGAUUUGCAAAUAAUGGUCAAGCAGUCAGAAAUAAUUGUAGGCAGUCACUCCAAGCUGGCUGAAUAUUCAAUGAAGAAAACCAAAGAAGACAAGUUCAGCUUUGCCACCCAUUCUGUCUCCUGUGGAUACUACAGCUAUAGAGUUUCAAGCACUCCAGUCAUGCACCCAGAGCUACUUAAGGAACUCAGAGGUCUUCCUAAAUGUUAUGGGGAAAAAACAAAGCAGAGAUAUUUUGACUUCAUUGACAAGUUUGGAACUCAUUAUUUCAGACAGGUGACUCUGGGUGGAGAGGUUCGAUCUGUGACCAGCAUCAAGGCGUGCCAAGCAUCCCUUCAGGGUCUGAGUGUGGACGAGGUGAAGAUGUGUCUGGACAUAGAAGUUACCCCCAGAAAAGGACCUUCUGCAGAUUUUCAGAAUAAGGCUAAUCACUGCAAACGUUUGAAGCAGAAAGUUUUGAAUGAAAAGAGCUUUGCUUGCAGCUUUAAUGAGAGGGAAACCAAUGUGAUUGGUGGCCACAAUGAGAACAUCGACCUGCUCUUCUCAUCCAAUACUGACCCAAAGGCCUACGAGCAGUGGGUCUCAUCUGUGCCUGCUCACCCUGAUGUGAUCUCCUACUCACUUGAGCCUCUUCACAAGUUAGAGGAAAAGGAAAAUAUCAGAGAGAAUCUACGCAAAGCCAUCAAGGACUACAUUGUACAGAGGGCUCUAAUUAAAGACUGCUCAAGCCCAUGUAAGGCCGGUCGGAAGUCCAACCCUAAGGAACCGUGCAGCUGCACCUGCCACAACAACCCGGGUGUGGCCUUCAACUGUUGCCCCACACAGAAAGGAUAUGCUAAGGUUACUGUAACUGCAAUUAGGGCCACAGGUUUAUUUGGAGAUUUCUUUGGUAAUGAGGCAGAUGCAUAUGUCAAGAUUUUCCGCAAUGAUAACAUCUUCGCUGGAAAGACCCCUGUUGUCUGGAACAGAAACCAGCCAACAUGGAACUAUGAUUUCAGUUUUGACAACGAUGACCUUAAUCAGUUCAAAAGUGUGACAUUGCAGGUGUGGGAUGAAGACAGCGGCUGGAAUGAUGACUUACUUGGAGAAUGCAAGAUUAAACUGAAAUCUGGACUGACGCAAGAUACCUGCUCCCUCAAUCAUGGAACACUGUAUUAUAAAGUGAUAGUAAAGUGCAUCCCUGCUUUGACUGGUUCAUUGUGUAUGGAGUACCAGCCCACUCCCAUGGACGCACAGUUGGAGAAAGUAUACGUCUCCCGAAAUGCUCGCCCGAUUCCCAUAAGCGUUCUGCUAGAGAUGGGAGUGCUCCUCGAUGAGCGCAUUCCCCGCUUCAACCAGACCAACAUUCCCAAAGCUACUGGUUUUGAAUUGUAGACCAACUGUAUAGAUUGCGACUCCAUCAUGUAUUCCUGCCAGCUAUCAUAAUGUUCAAAGUAGAACAGAUGGUUCUAGUAGAACAGAUCAUUUUGGUAUGUUAUUA